AUGGCUGUAGGCGCCUCGAACCUCGGGCGCUUCCUCAACAUCACCAAGACCAAGAUCAUACUAGGCCUCACCUUGAUACUCGUCUGGUCCGUCGCCCUCCUGGUGCCGCACCUGCCGCCCGCCGUCCAUGACACCAUCCGCUCCAAGUUCGAGGCCGCGCGCCAGCGCAUACCCGCCCUGGGCGUGAGCUGGCACCCGGCCCCGGAGGCCGAGCGGCCCGCCGUCGUCCAGCCCAAGGUCGCCCUGCUCGUCGAGUCGCGGCCCAUCCCGCACCUCGUCCCGCAGAUGCUGCACAUGCUCGCCGUCGUCCCGCCGGACUGGGGCAUGGUCUUUGUCGGCUCCGAGGAGAGCGUCAUCAGCGUCGGCCGCAGCUACGCCAUCAAGUACUGGCAGGUCGCCGGCCGGCUGACGCUGCUGAUGCUGCCCGGCCCCGAGAUCGGCUCCAAGGAGAUGGUCUCGCGGCUCAUGACCAACAUCUCGUUCUACGACGAUUACUUGCCGGGCGUCGAGUACAUCCUCAAGUUUGAGAGUGAUAGUAUCUUGUGCGCCAACUCGGAGAAGGGCCUGAAUGAUUGGCUCGAGUGGAGUUGGGCUGGUGCUCCUCGCACCCCAGACGACCACUUCUCCGGCAACGGCGGCCUCUCCUUCCGCAAGGUCGCCGCCAUCCGCCGCGUCCUCAAGUUCCAGCGCCGCCACGACGACACCGAGCCCGAGGACGAGUGGUUCGGCAAGCGCCUCUCCAUCAUGCCCGGCGAGAAGGUCGCCUCCGGCACCAACGGCGCCCUCGCCGUCGAGGACGUCUACAUCGAGAGCCCCAUGGGCUUCCACAUCCGCGAAGGCGGCGCCCAGCUGCACGACGACGUCUGGGCCGACCCCGUGCAGCGCAAGAAGAUCCUCGACUACUGCCCCGAGCUGAGCAUCAUCAUGGACAUGAAGCUCGAGAGGGAGCGCUGCGAGGACGACGACAAGCAUGGGCAUCUGACGGGGGAGAAGCCUCCUAAAGAGGGUGAAGAGGAGGAGAAGAAGAAGAGCGAAUGA